AUGACAUGGUAUCUUUCAAAAUUAUCAUCGAUAUCCCCAAACGAAGUGAGUGAGGUAGGCUAUAAUAGAGACACUCGUGGACAUUUAGUACAACUGCAUAUGGGUGAUCCUCUACAAACGGUGUAUGGAGAAUUCGAUACGGGAAGUAGUUUGACAUGGUUCAAAUGCAAUCAACCUAUUGAUAAACCUGAAUACUGGUACUUUAACCAAACACAAUCAGGUAAAGACUGGGCUACCGGAUAUUUGUCUAUGGAUGACAUGACAUUUAGAAUCGGUUAUAUUAAGACAUUGGUGCAAUUCAAGUUUGGAUGUGGUUAUCUUGAUACCUCCAAAGUGCCGGGGAUUAUAGGUGCAAACAACAAUGAGUACUCUCUCCCAAGACAACUUAACCCAGACGACCCCAAGUUUUCAUACUGUAUAUCAAGUGACCUAACUCAAACUAAUGUCAUCUUUUUUGGCCCUGAAGCAAGGAUCCAUGGCCAACCCGUAAAAAUGUUGAGAAACAACAACAGUGAUAAUUAUUUCAUUGAAGUCCUUGGCGUCACGGUGAAUAAUGAGGAGAUAGAUGUGGAUUCAACAGUAUUCCAGAUGUCGGAUUCCGGGACAAGAGGCUUCAUCAUAGAUUCAGGCACCGCCUCAACUUGGUUAACCUCGGAGGCCUUCGACGCCAUGAUGAAGAAGAUGGUUCAAUUGUUUGGUACUCCAGUCGAGUACACAAUAGGUAACGCACAGUUUGAGAUUUGUUACGACAGUGGAAAGUUUGAAAACGGGACGCCGCCUGUUAUAGGGUUUGAGUUCGAGGAUUAUUUUCUUGAGAUUGCGGAGAGUAAUAUGUGGUUUAAGGUUCCAAGUUCAACCUUGCAAUGUUUGCUAAUAAUUAAUGGAAAGGACGACACCAUAUCCUACCUUGGAAAUUAUCAACUUCUUGAUUUUAAUGUUGGGUAUGAUCCUAAUAAAGGAGCCUUGUAUUUUGAUAAGAUCAAAUGCCCUAAUCCUUUUAUUUAG